AUGGAAUGUCUAUGCUACCUUCCUUGGUCUUUCAGUUUUCCCACUCGUCUCAGCUUCCGCUCGCAAAAAAGAAAUGUGAAAAAACUUGAAAGCGAAAAAAGGCGGGCUAAAUCGACUUGUCAUUCAAAUCAAAUACGCUCUCUCCUUCACGCGCUGAACUAAACAAAUGCAGAUCGAAGUUGAGGACUCUGUACGGACAAAAAUGGAGUCGCUUCGGUUGAUAUGCGACAGAGAGAUUCCCUUCAAUCAGCAGAAAAUGGACUCUUUCGUGGAGUCGUUUCGACACUCUCUGGAAUCGGUCAAGGCCAAAGCGCUUGAAACCAUCCAAAAUCAAGCGAAAUUGGCGAAAGUGAAAGCUGAACUGAGAGAUGCUGAAGAUGAAUACGUGAAAGUAUUAGCAGUGAAGACUCGUAAAGAGGUCAAGCAGAUGACAACUAGGGAUUCCAUAUCUGCAACAAAAGUAAGACUAGAAGAACUUAAAAAAACCGUUGAAGCUCAGAGGGCUAGGAGGGAUGAGUAUGCGGCAAUUAUAUCUCAACAAUCUCAAGGCUUGGCUAUAUCUGAAGGAAAGACCAACCAAGACACUGAAUGGAAUGAAGAAAUUCAAGAAGCCAUUUUGUGGUACAAUAGGGUUCUUGGUUUCCAUGUUGAGGGUGGACCUGGGGUAAAAUUUACAUUCAACAAUAUAGAUAUUAAUAAUCCAAAUGAGCAGUACUCUUUCACCAUUCGCCACACAAAUGACAACUAUACCUUGUUGGAUUGUGACCCACCAUUGAACAACAUCAAGGAGUUAAUCCAAGAGUUGAACAGAACCAAUGGCCUAUUCAGAUUUGUCCGAAUUAUGAGAGAGAGGUUUCAAGAAGCUGCAGCACUUGGAUUUCGACCGCAAUCAACAACUCUUCAUCAAGAUUCUUCCACGAUCUCUGGGUCUGCUCCUGUGUUUUCAGUUUCGACUAAUAGAAGUGGAUCUCCAGCCAAGAAAAAUGAGUAUCAGAUUGAAUGUGGAGAAUCCAAUAGACAAGAAAAUCAGAUCAUCCACCAAAGUGAACCUCUGACAGAGAAAAAUGAACAGCUUAUUCAGGACGAAGGAGUUUAUAGACAAUCCAAGAAAGUUAACCGUGGAAGAGGGGCCAUACCAGCACUUCUAUCUCCAGGAUCAGCAGCAUCUCUUCGCCGGUCCCCUCGUUUUAAGGCUUCCAAUUCUAAGCGUGGAGGGAAAAUCAAGGCAGAACAUUAAUAGAUGGUCUGCAAGACAUUUAUGAAUAUGUUUAGCCAGUCUGCAGUAGCCAGUGUUACGACAUGCAAUUGUUAAGAAUUGAAGAUGAAAUAGGUGCUGCUUUCUCAUCUCGGUAUUGUUAUCGUGUGAUCAGACUUGCUCUGAUAGGCAAAAUCUGUGACUUGGUUGAACGCUUAAACUUCCACGGUUGGAAAGUUGCUAUACUUGGUGGUCUAAGUAUUGCCGCUCAGCUGACAAGACAGAUUGGUGUUUUCUUAUUAUAUUAGUGUUUUAGGUUGUAUAACACUGAUACAGCCUAGGUUAAAGCCUAAGUAUGAUUAACAGAAUGGCGAUAAAACUUAUAUUUGAUUAACAGAAUGGCGGAUUGUGUGUCCCUUUAUUGGCAAAUACUUCUUGACAGACUUGCCUAUUUUUACUUGCUGUACAAAUACAUAUGCUUUUAUGCCUAUAUACAUCACAUUUAAAAA